ACGAUCCACCUUGUCACUUGUAUUAUUUAGGAAUUUCAACAUUUGUUGUGGUGGGGAAAAAUGUGCAAUUAUUCGGGUCGAGAGCAAGUUGGUUAUAAUUAAUUAUGCAUAUUAUCAUACCCAUUGUCUACGAGUAUUACUAUGUAAAAAGUUACCGCACGUUCUCACGAAUUCCAAAGAAAGUGUACUUUCUGUAAAAGAUUUCCAGUUUCAUUACUCCCGUUGUCAACUAUCGAAGUUCGUGAGUGAUCAAUGUUUAUUACAUUGCCUGAUCUUAGAUCGCAUAUCGCGAUCGAGUUAAAUAAUUAGAAAGUGUUGGUGUCGGUGUUUACACGAAUGGCAGGUUUCCAUGCAAACGACACGAUGCCUAAAAUGGGGCUCGUCACGGACUUGCGAGAACAGUGGCUGGUGCGCGCCGACGGAGCCCUGGCACACCGCUUACAGGAUCGUGAGAUCUCGUCUCAUCUCUGCGAGAACAGGUACCGCAAUCAGCAAAUACGUGAAGAUUUUCCAGUGGCUUUGAGUGAACAGCGAGGAAUCGAGCACGAAGUACAUCUGAAAGAGCUCGCUCGUCGCCGGCAAGCGGAUAUCGACGCGGAGAUUGCCCGGGAAAUGGCAGAAAUAAAUCUCCGCAGGCAGCGACGUCAGCACAAAGACAUAAUGGAACAGCCGAGUUCCUCACGCGCCCCUCCCCCGGCACCGCCGCCCGAUAUCGAUCCUGAAGAACUAGGCCUCUCUUCCUCGGAGUUGGAAGAGAUGAGAAGACGCCUAGAGCAAGAGGAAAAAGAUGCAAGAUUGGCUCGGGAACUGAGCCAUGAAACAUGCAAUGAGGAUGUCCUGCUUGCCGACAUGAGAUGUGCAGUUGAAGCACAGGAUAGUGAGCUUGCACGGCUAUUGCAGGAAAGGGAGUACAAAAAGUUGCAGAGGGCAAAGGAGAAAGCAAAACAAAAAGCUUUAUUGAAAAAACAACAAAGGCAAGCACAGCAACAGGAACCUCCACUGGAAACAACACAAGCCACACUUUGUGAUGCCUACAGUAACCCUCGUGAUGUGAUUCAGGAAAAUAGAUUGAGAUUAUGCAAGUCAGUUGAUUCAGAUUUAAAUUAUGUGGAACCUUUUGAGAAAGAGGUCAUUCAAUCCAAGGAAAGUGCUUUGCUAGCCAAAGAAAUAUCAAAUCAGUUCUAUAAACAGGAUGCAGGAUCCAGCUUUAAUGCUACCUCAUCACAUGUUCAUCCCCCAAACCUCGUACCAGACAAGUCUGUGAGCAGUACAGCCUCCUCUAUCCAACAUAGACAACCACCCCCUCCACCUGUAGCUGGCAAAAAACCCAGGUUUCCAGAUCCUGUGAGUAUACGGCCUGCAUCACAUUAUCCUACAGAUAAUGUAUUAUCCGGGACAGAUAUGGAGCACAAUGUCUUACCAAAAAGCCACAGCGAGAACAGCCACUUUUAUGACACAACAUUCUCAAGCCACAAUGACAGUGUUCAACAACUUGGAUAUGAGAGAGGUGACUCUGGUAAGCGACUAUCCGUGAUCUCUGAUAUCACGGCUGAAGGAUUAGAAAAGAAGAAGAGAAAGCAAGCUAAGAAAAGUAAGGGAUGUAGGAUACAAUAAUUUGAUACUAGGAUGCAGAGUAAGAAAAUUCCUUCCAGACAAAGGCAUUACAUUGUCCAAGUAUAACUAAUUUUUUUAGAGCUGUCACAAAUAUUUUCGAAUUUAUAUCAAACAAUAAUCUCAAGUUUUAAGUAUUUUAAAAUUAUAGUUAUUAUAUAUGUCCAAUUAUUUUAGAAGUUAUUUAUUAUCUAUUUAAUCUGUAGAAGUACCUGCAGGAAAAAAACCAAUGAGCCAUGUUUUUAUUUUUGAAUUUAAGGUCUCUAUGUGCCUUAAUCUAGAUUUAAGCUGUUACACAAACAUUCCAUUUUGUGAUUGUAUUAAAACAAAAUAUAUUUUAUUAUAUUAUCCAUCUUUAAAGUAUUAGCAACAUACAGAAGGUAUGCCAAUGACUCUCCCUCCUACUAACACCGCACUUGACUCGUCAGAACAGUCAGGAUGUCACGAGCCAUCGCCAAAGCUUUUGCGCAGGGGUAUAUAAUAUUUUAUUAUUUUCUAUAACUUACAAAUAGAAAUUAUAGUUAAGAAAAAAUAUGACAUACUAUACUAAUGUUCAUAUUAAUAAAAAGCCUACCUAUAUGAUUACAUUGAAUUCUAAGGACAUACAGAAAAGCUAAAUAUUUAUCUUAAAACUUUAUGAUAUAAAUGUAUAUUGUACAAAGAGCAAAGAUGUAGUUAAAUUACACACAGUGUGAGAGACUUUAUUAUUUCUUGAAAUAUUUGACAGUUUCUCUCUGUAGAGUAAUUCUUUAACUCGGCAUUUUUCAUUAUCUAUGAUUGAACAUUGACUUUCUUUGUAAUAAUUUUAGGUAACACAAUAAAUAUUUCAUAUUUGACAUAGAAUCUCAUAAAAGCUUGUUUAAUUAAAUUUACUAAUAGUGUUUGAAAAAUGCAUUUGGAUGUGUAAGAUAAAUCCAAUGAAUGCAAUCACUCACAUAUUAUUUUACAUAUACUCAUACUCGAAAAAUUCCAAUAAUGGAAAAAUGCUUUUGCGCAACUGGUUGGUCAUUUUGUUCCAUAAAUUCAAGCUAUUUUUAAACAAUAUUUUUGUCAUUCCAUUUUAAGAUAAGACUGAUUACGAUUACUGAAUCUAUAGUAUGCUCAAAUUUUUAUAUGUUUGUAUUUUAUAUUUUACUUUUUAAUAUUAAUGAUUGACAAUUAUUUUA